UCCAAAGUGGAUUUGAAUGCGCGGCCGGAAUGCUAUUGCAGUACCCAGCUACAUCCUCUCCGUAUUCCAAAAAUCAUCCACCAGUCGUGGAAGAACAGCACGCUUCCAAAGCGAUUCGAGAGAUGGGCAAACACGUGGAAACAACAUCACCCCACCUGGACCUACAUCCUCUGGACCGAUGAGAUGAAUCGCAGACUUGUCGAGCUCAACUUUCCGUGGUUUCUUGACACCUAUGAUAGCUUCCCCAACAAUAUCGAGCGAGCCGACUCGGUUCGCUAUCUCUACAUGUACAAAUAUGGAGGCGUCUAUGCCGAUCUGGAUAUGGAGUGUCUUCGGGCCAUGGAUGCACCGUAUGAUAAGGGGAAGCUCUCGCUUGUCGACCGAGGCCCAGCCCUCCUUUCUUUCCUGGGAAAGGACAUGGACUUCAAACACUCAAUCCCAAAUGCAUGGAUGGCAAGCGCGCCUGGCCACCCCUUUUGGAUGGUUGUCAUCAAUGAGAUCAUGAAGGGUCGCAAACGUGGCGUUUGGGUUGCUGAGGAGGCUACUGGCCCGAUUAUGCUGCGGACAGCCUGGAUGAUCUAUUCCAAUUAUACAAGUGGAGAGACCGAACAGCUCGUCACUCUCGCUAGCGAGUACAUCUUUCCUUACAACUGGAGUAAUUCUACAGACCUUAUCGAGAUCUGCAGUGCUCAGCGCUCCACAAUCAACGAGAACGAAUGCAAACGGCUGCUGCGGGCCCAGGGCAGGCCCGGUCAGAAACCAUAUGCAAUUACGUACUGGUCUCAUAGCUGGGAAGAUCACGAAAUCAACAGAGAUGUCCUGGAUGAGAAGGGAAAAUGAAGCCUCCCACAAAUUACCGAUGCUGGCGCAGAGAAUAACCUUCCUGGUGCUCAAGAGCAUGGGGCCACCGUUUCCGACCGCCCAUCGAGAUCAAGGGUAUCCUGUAUUUGAA